AUGAUGCUCCCUGUAGUCCAGAAGUAUAAGCCCACCUCGAGGCAGCGUCUUGACUUCAUGACGCCACCUUGGACCAAACUCAGCAUGUCGACUUCUGGACCACUGGUGCACCUACAACUGCGAAGCUGGCGGGAGACACUCCGCUCACCCACAACGACGCCGACAGGCAGGCAGAAUCAACGAAUCUUCGAGGGGGGGAGAGCCGAGUAG